GCCAUUAGAAAUGAAAUAGGUAGUCUAGUGUCAGUGUCAUUUUCGUCAAUUGUGUUGAAUUAUCUUUAUUUAUUUAUUUAUUUUGUUUAGUUUAUGUAAGAUUUUGUAAUUUUCCAAACUUUGAAAAAAUGGCUUUGAACGUAAUAGGUGCUUUUGCCAGAAAAGGUGGUUCCCUCAGCCAAAUUGGUGUGCGAAACAUUGCAUCCCUCGCUUCUCUCCCUGAAACUCAUCAGAUGCUGUACAAAACAGUCCGUGAUUUUGCCGAGGCAGAACUGAAACCAUAUGCUGCUAAGUUUGACAAAGAACAUUUAUAUCCCAAAGAGCAGAUUCAAAAAAUGGGAGAGCUGGGUCUCAUGGCCGUAGAAGUUCCAGAAGAAUUUGGAGGAACGGGUCUCGAUUAUUUGGCCUAUGCUAUUGCGACUGAAGAAAUUUCCAGGGGUUGUGCUUCAGCUGGAGUGAUAAUGAGUGUAAACAACUCUCUUUAUCUUGGGCCCAUCCUCAAGUUUGGCAACCAGAAGCAAAAGGAACAGUUCAUAACACCCUUCACCAGUGGCUCCAAGAUUGGAUGUUUUGCUCUUAGUGAGCCAGGUAAUGGAAGUGAUGCUGGAGCAGCAUCCACCACUGCUGUUGCUAAGGGAGACAACUAUAUUAUAAAUGGCACCAAGGCUUGGAUCACUAAUGGCUAUGAGUCUGAGGCUACAGUCGUAUUUGCAACCACCGACAAGAGUAAAAAACACAAAGGAAUCAGCGCCUUCAUAGUACCUAAACCUAGCCCGGGUCUUUCCCUUGGCAAGAAAGAAGACAAGAUGGGAAUUCGAGCUUCAUCAACUUGCAGUUUAAUCUUCGAAGAUUCUUCUGUCCCCAAAGAAAACCUUUUGGGAGAACCUGGCAUGGGUUUCAAAAUUGCAAUGAUGACCUUAGAUUCCGGAAGAAUUGGUAUUGCAUCUCAAGCCUUGGGUAUUGCUCAGGCAGCUUUAGAUUGUGCUGUCGAAUAUGCAUCAAAAAGGGAAGCCUUUGGUGCACCUAUCACAAAACUACAAGCUAUUCAGCACAAGAUAGCAAACAUGUCAAUGCAGUUGGAGGCAGCUAGACUUCUGACAUGGCGAGCAGCUUACCUCAAGGAUUGUAAAAAACCGUUCACUAAGGAGGCAGCCAUGGCCAAACUAGCUGCUUCUGAAGCUGCCACUUUUGUUUCACACCAAGCCAUUCAGAUCCUUGGAGGGAUGGGGUACGUCUCCGACAUGCCAGCUGAAAGGCAUUAUCGAGACGCAAGGAUAACCGAAAUUUAUGAAGGCACAUCAGAAAUCCAAAGACUUGUUAUUGCAGCCAACAUAUACAAAGAGUACGGUCUGUGAUGUCUUAAAAUAUAUUCAUAUUUGCUCAUUCAUUAAUCAAAAGAAUAUAGUUAUUUGUGCAACUAGUGAGCAAAGUGAGCAAUUGACUCACUCGAGAGAAAUACUUACUCACGAGCCGUAGGCGAGUGAGGAAUGGUUUCUCGAGUGAGGCAAUUGCACUUUGCACUCGAGUUGCACAUUAUAUUUUUCCUACCAUUACCAUAAAACAAAUAAAUUGGUAAAGAAACGUAACAUAUUUUUGCACAGAAGUGAACUUUUAAUAUGACAUUUAAUGAUACAACAGUACAACAGCGGACCAGCUGAUUUACAGCCAGUGCUGCCAACGUAUUUUGCGCGCAUACGACCUUGUCUGCAUGUUACUAUUUCAUGUCACUAUUUCGUGCCUUCACGUUGCAAAUCUGGAGUGAAACAAAGUAAUUACAGUGAGACAAUGUUAACAUUGUCUCACUGAUGAGCGAAUUGGCCACUUUGCUUUAUCAAAUCAGUGAGAGAACAUGUACAUUGUUAGGUAACUGUAGGAAAAAUCAAUUGCUUUGUUUCAACAAAUUCAUAUCAGAUGAUUGAGCAAAGAUGGCUAUUUUAUAUACCUAUACUCUUUCCUCAAUAUGGUGUUGUAUUUGUAACAAUCUUAUGUUGUAUUUUAAUGUAAUUAUUGUUUUAUAUGUAUGUUUAUUUUAAGAAUCCUAUAUUUUUGUAACAUUUAUAUCUGAAUUCCUAGGAUCCUAAGAUUUUCCAGGUAGCAGACCAUUAUCUUGCAAAUGCUAUAUAUUUGUUUACAAUUUUUGAAAUUUUACAAUUUUUCUGACUCUUAAAGCUAAACUCUAAGUUGUCAAAAGCAAAUUUCUCUUUUCUAGACAACAAAUUUCCCAGGAUUUAGAUUUUACUCAAUAGUUAAUUUCUCUACCUAUUGUUUGUCAGAUGCAUUUUUGCUGCUCAAUAUAUAUUAUAUAUAUAAGAAUUCUCCUACGGAUACUUUGACCAGAAGUAGUGUGUCUUUUCCGAGUAUACUUUAUUGAAGACUGAUCAUUUUAAACUGAUUUGAAGGUGUUAUUGUUUUUAUAAAUUUGUUUCACAUGUUAAUUUUAUUGGUGUUUUUGUAGAUCAUAAAGUAUAUGUAAAUGAGAGCUUCCAAUGUUCAAAGAUUUGUGAAUUUCUCACUCAGUACAACGUUAGCUUCUAUGUCUAUGGAUCUACAAAAUAAAAUAUGUAGCUCAAUAAGUAGAAAGAGUAGAGAAACCCCUGGUUUUAAGGCUUUAUAAUUAAAUAAUUGUGCUUGUAAUGAGAGAGAGUGGUGUGCAAUAUUAAAUAUAUUAGAGCAAUAUUAGAGUAAUGUGCCAUAUACUAUUUAAGUUAUGACACAUUAGUAAUACAAAUUACUGGGUGUUUUUUAAACACAAAUCAUAUUACAAGUAGAUACCAUAAUACACUGACAACGACAAAAGAGCUCAAAUUUUGGUAACCCUUUAUUCUACAUAUAAUUAGCUUAUAUGCAUGAUUGCAUAGUUAUACAGAAUGGAAAAAGUCCCUGGACGGUUAAAUAUUUCAAAAAGUAAUAAAGAUGCAGGUUCAAAACUUGGUUCACAGUUACUGGGCAUUAAAAUAAUUUUAACACAUUAUUCAGUGAUGUGGUACCUCCUCAGGCGAAUGACCCGCUAAUAGUCAAAAGAAAAUCUUAAAUGUAAGCAUAGGUUUAUAUCAAACCCGAACUCAAAUGGGCAAUCGAAUAGAUAAUUACAGCUAUUCAAAGAUGCAUUGAAUUUGCAGUGCUAUUAUAUGCUACCACCUCAAAGCGCAAAGCUAGAGUUGCUAUUAUACGCUAGAAGUCGCAAGAAAAUAAUAAACAUAUGCAUAGAUCAAUAUGUACAUAAAAUUAAAUUUCUUUAUUUGAAUACAUUGCCGCAAAUUUGAGUUCAAAAGAACGACUCAGUAAAAAAUGGUAGCCGUUCAAAGGUUCAAGAAAUCUUUGCACGGCUGCCAUUUUUGACUCAGUUGUCCGUUUGAAUUAAGUUAAGUAAACAGGAAUACCAUCAUAUGAGAUGUUUUGUUGUUUAGAAGUAUAUCAUGGUAGUUGUAAUUAUUUGAUUGCGUUUAAAAAAACACCCUUUAUAUGGAUGGCCUUUGCAGGCAGAAAAAUAUUAGUUUAUCUCCAUCACAUUUAACGUUGUUCCCAAGUAUAGUGCAUUUGUAUGUAGAUAUCUGUUUAAACAAUUUGAUUUUUUUUAAUGGGAGCAUUCCUCAGGUAACAUAGAUACAAGAAGACAAAAAUAUUGUAUUUACCAACUAAGAAAAUCAAUGCACUGGCCUCCAGCACAUACCAAAAUGUACCCGAUAUAGUUUAAUUCCAAUUAAGUUAGUCUUUCUGAUGUAUGUAAGGGCUGAAUAUGUGUGUGUUCCCAGUUGUGAUUUCCUCCUCUUUCUCGUCCAUCUCAUCCAUUGAGGUACCUAUCCCCCCUCUAAACCCUAUCUCAACCUAAGUUGAGGCAGACUACCUGGGAAAAGAGGGUCGAACAGGACAAUGCCUAGGCUGACCCUCUCGACCCUUGGAGUAAAUCCCAUUAACCACGCCUCACUGAAUACUCCACUUAAAAGUAAAAAAUAUUGAAUAAUUGAAAAUAUAAUAAAUUCUGUAUAUUCCAAAAAUAACAUAUUUAAAGUGAUCAUUUAAUUAUAACAGGUUACAUACCUUCACAUUCACAAUUCCUCAGUCGAACUUCUGUUAACUACCUAGUAGUCAUUUUCAAAACGAACGUUAAAAUAGUGAGAGUGGUGGGAGUAGGUUUGUUGGAAAGCCUACACAAUGCCAUUUUCGUAGUCAUAGAGCAGUGGUCGCCUGAGCCACGUGUAGUUGUUAUGGAGUUGUUUUUAAAAAGGAUUGAAUUCAUUCAUUGCAACUCAGUGGCAGUUUCUUGCACUCUUUCGAUUAAGGCGACAUGGAGACAUGCGGUGGGCUACUAACUUCAGAAUAACGGCUUUUGAGUUGAAAAGUAAUUUGGCAGGCUGUCAAAGUCAGAUCGGACGCCAGACAACUAACAUUCGGUAGAGUUUGUGCUGCUGUGGAAAACAGUUUUCGUAGGCCCGCCCAAAAACAAGCGACUGCUUUGAAAAUGUCUGUUCUGUGAUAACCUAAAAUGCAUUAUUUUCAUAUAUACAGAAUUUAUUAUAUUUUCAAUUAUUCAUUAUAUUUCAACUUAUAAGUGGAGUAUUCAGUGACGAGGGUCGGAAGGGUCCAGCCUAGCCAUUGUCCUGUUCCACCCUUGGUCAGGUAUUCUGCCUCAACUUAGGCUGAGACAGCCUUUAGUUAUCCCAUGUACAUUGUCCUUUACAAGAAAUACCUACUCUUACAGUCUCCUCUAUCGAUAAGUUUGAAACUAUGUGUUAUUUAGAGUUAGUUCAGUAUUAAUUUACACUAUGAAUUGCAUGACUAUCAGUAUGAUUGUGGCAAAAGCAAAAGUAUGCCUGUGGUUUUGAUUGAGCUAUAUCAUUUAAACGAACACCUGAAUAUUUGUCUGUAUACUCCUUAAAACCAGGGAUGAGUAGCCAGAGUAUAAAAAUUAUACAUCAAUAUUUGUUUAAAAUGGUUUAUUAGAACUUUUGACAUUAGCUGGCAAUUAAAUGAAAUGUAUAUUUUGUAGUUUUUUAAUUGGAACUGAUUAAAUAUUAUUAUGUAUUGUGUACAUGAUUAUAUUUUAAAACUAA